AUGGCUGACACAGGGAAUAUAGUCACGGCUGACACAGGGAGUAUGGCCACAGCUGACACAGGGAAUAUAGUCACGGCUGACACAGGGAGUAUGGCCACAGCUGACACAGGGAGUAUAGCCACAUGUGACAUAGGGAGUAUACCUCGGCUGACACGGAGCAUAGCCACAGCUGACACAGGGAGUAUAGUCAUGGCUGACACAGGAUAUAUAGUCACGGCUGACAAAGGGAGUAUAGUAACGGCUGACACAGGGAGUAUAGUAACAGCUGACACAGGGAGUAUAGCAACGGCUGACACAGGGAGUAUAGCAACGGCUGACACAGGGAGUAUAGCAACGGCUGACACAGAGAAUAAAGCAACGGCUGACACAGGGAGUAUAGCAACGGCUGACACAGGGAGUAUAGUAACGGCUGACACAGAGAAUAUAGUCACGGCUGACACAGGAAGUAUAGCAACGGCUGACACAGGGAGUAUAGUCACGGCUGACACAGGGAGUAUAGCCACGGCAGACACUGGGAGUAUACCAACUGCUAACUCAGGGAGUAUAGCCACUUUUGAAACAGGGAGUAUAGCCACUUCUGACACAGGGAGUAUAGCCACUGCUGACACAGGGAGUAUAGCCACUUCUGACACAGGGAGUAAAGCCACUGCUGACACAGGGAGUAUAGCCACUGCUGACACAGGGAGUAUAGCCACUUCUGACACAGGGAUUAUAGCCACGGCUGACAGAGGGAGUACACCCACGGCUGACACAGGAAGUAUAGCUACGGCUGACAGAGGGAGUAUACCCAUGGAUGACACAGGGAAUAUAGUCACGGCUGAAACAGGGAAUAUAGGCACGAUUUACACAGGGAGUAUACCCACGGCUGACACAGGGAUCAGAGUCACGGCUGACACAGGGAUCAGAGUCACGGCUGACACAGGAAGUAUAGUCACGGCUGACACGGGGAGUAUAGCUACGGCUGACACAGGGAGUAUAGCCACUUCUGAAACAGGGAGUAUAGCCACUUCUGAAGGAGGGAGUAUUGCCACAGCAGACACAGGGAGUAUAGUCACGGCUGACACCAGGAGUAUACCCACGGCUGACACAGGGAGUAUAGUCAAGGCUGACAAUGGGAGUAUACCAACUGCUGACUCAGGGAUUAUAGCCACGGCUGACACAGGGAAUAUAGUCACAGUUGACACAGGGAGUAUACCCAUGGCUGACACAGGGAUCAGAGUCACGGCUGACACAGGGAGUAUAGCCACGGCUGCCACGGGGAGUAAACCCACGACUGACACAGGGAAUAUAGUCACGGUUGACACAAGGAGCAGAGUCACGGCUGACUCUGGGAGUAUAGACACGGCUGACUCUAGGAGUAUAGCCACGGAUGACAUGGGGAGUAUAGCCACGGCUGACAUAGGGAGCAUAUUCACGGCUGCCACAGGGAGUAUAGCCACGGCUGAUACAGGGAGUAUAGCCACUUCUGACACAGGGAGUAUACCACGGCUGACACGGAGUAUAGUCACAGCUGACACAGGAAGUAUAGUCACGGCUGGCACUGGGAGUAUAGCCACGGAUGACACAGGGAGUAUAGCCACGGCUGAAUCUGGGAGUAUAGCCACGGAUGACACAGGGACUGACUCUGGGAGUAUAUCCAUGGCUGACACAGGAAGUAUGGUCACGGCUGACUCUGGGAGUAUAGCCACGGCUGACACGGGGAGAAUAGCCACGGCUUACAAAGGGAGUAUAGCCAUGGCUGAUACAGGGAGUAUAGCCACUUCUGACACAAGAAGUUUAGUUACUGCUGACACAGCGAGUAUUGACUCGGCUGACACCGGAAGUAUUGCUCCGGCUGACACUGGAAGUAUAGUCACGGCUGUCUCAGGGAGUAUAGUCACGGCUGACACGGGGAGUAUAGUCACGGCUGACACAGGGAGUAUAUUCACGGCUGAUACAGAGUUUAGCCACUUCUGA